CACACACACACACACCCAACACCUGCGCGCAAGAGCACUCAUCCAUCUGAGGGGCUCGCUCAACUUCCUCUGUGUGCGUGGAUGUGAACCGCGGGAAGCUCGGUAACGAAAAGAGAUCACUACUCCCCAGUCUGUCCAGUGAAAUGUUCCGUUAACCUCCCGGUGGGUGAACUCUGAGAUGAACCGUCCGUGGAGAGUCAAACUGUUUCUUCUUUCGUGGUAUUCAGUCCUCCAGCUGCUGACAGCACAAGAAGCUCAGAGCCAAUUGACAGAGACAGACGGAAGACUACAGAGGAGGGCUAAUGCACUGCGGAGGAAACGGGAUCUCCUAGGGGAGGAGACAUUCAGUCCUCUUCUCUCUGAAGCAACUCUACCUCGCAGUGUUCUACAUAAUUACACGGCCCGCGAUGCCUCCUCAGAGUACUGCGGCUGUCUGAAUGGGGGCUGGUGUCAGGAGGGGGGUGUGUGUGACUGUGCACAGUUCCAGGCCCUCGGAGACCGCUGCCAGAUCAUUCCUAACCAGGGCCAGGACAGAGAUGGGAUAUGCAGGUCUUGGGGUCAGUACCACUAUGAGACGUUCGAUGGCAGCUACUUCUACUACCCUGGAACCUGCUCCUACAUACUGGCUCAGGACUGCCGCUCAGCCACACCACAGUACACUGUGUGGGUCCAUAACAGCCGUGUGUGUGAAGGCAGUGUGUACUCCUGUCCCAGGGCUCUCAGUCUCUUCUUCCCCAAUGAGGAGGAGAUCCACAUCUCUGGAUACCAAGUCCACCAGGGGGGUCGCAGGCUGAGCCUACCCCAGACAAUAGGAGGUGUGUUUAUAGAGCGUCUGGCUGACUACCUGCUGGUGAAGAGCGUGUUUGGCUUCUCUCUGGCGUGGGACGGGGGGAGCGGAGUAUAUCUGAAGAUGUCUGAACAGCACCACGGCACCCCCUGUGGCCUUUGUGGGAACUACAACAACCUGCCCAACGAUGACCUCACCACAGCCCGCGGCGUGCAGACAGAGGAGCCAGCAAUGUUUGCUAACAGCUGGUCAGUCGAUCUGCCCCAUGAGAGAGGCUGCCCUCUAGUGGACAUAGACUUCACUGGACCCUGCCACUCUGAGUCUGACAUGGACGAUGCCAUAGAGAAGUGCAGUGCUCUCCUGUUCUUCCCCUUCCUGUCCUGUCAUGAGAACAUCGACCCAAACCCCUACUUGGCCAGCUGUGUCUCCGACCUCUGUGUGUCAGAUGAGGAGGAGACGUUUUGCCGUGCGCUGGUGGAGUACACACGAGCCUGCAGCCAUGUAGGAUACCCUGUACGAGAGUGGAGAGACAGCUUCCCAUCCUGCAAUGAUGGCUGUGAGGAGAGUUUUGUCCAUAGAGACUGUAUCAGCUGCUGCCCUCCCACCUGUACCUUUGAUAAGGAGUGUCUAGGAACUAACCUGCACUGUCUGGAUGGAUGCUACUGCCCUGAUGGGUUGAUUCUGCAGAAUGGGACUUGUAUCGCUGUGUCUCAGUGUCCUUGUGUCUACCACGGCACCUCAUACACACAGGGACACACUCUGGAGCAGGGCUGCAGUGUCUGUGUGUGUAUGGGGGGAGUGUGGAACUGCACGGACAACAACUGUACAGCGGAGUGUUCAGUAGUAGGUGACGUGUUUGUGACAUCGUUCGAUGGGAGGAUGUUCCUGCAGCCAGGGGAGUGUCAGUACGUCUUGGCCAAGAGCCGCAGUGGCAGCAGAUUCACUGUUACACUGCAGUAUACCACCUGCACAAAGGCCCAGCAGCAGGUGUGUAUCCAGUCAGUGACGGUGGUUCUGGACGAAGAUGUUAAUCACCAGGUGACUCUGACCCGAGAGGGGGAAGUGCUUAUAGGGGUCAACCCCGCCCCCGCUUUGCCCUACACCGGUGAUGUAGUUGAGGUACGGAGGUUAACGUCAGUGUUCGUCCAGCUGAGGACGUUGCUUGGACUGCGUCUGCAAUAUGAUGGGCGUGGUGGGCGUGUCUAUCUACAGCUGGACAGCCAAUGGCGCAGCAACACGCUGGGCCUUUGUGGAACCUUCAACGGAAACCUGCGGGAUGACUUCCUGUCUCCAGCAGGGAUGAUAGAGGGGACUCCCCAGCUCCAUGCUAACUCCUGGAGGGUCUCAUCUGCUUGCUCCGCCCCCGUCAACCAGCCCAUCAUUGACCCCUGUGAGAUAAAUCAGCACAACGUGUUCUAUGCCUCUCUGUGUGAGGUGUUGUUGGGCAGUGUGUUCUCUCCAUGCCAUGGUUACGUCAGUUCCAGUGUGUACCAGCAGCAGUGUCGCUACCAGGCCUGUCGCUGUGGUAACGCCUGUCUGUGUACGGCCCUGGCCCACUAUGCCUAUCUCUGCUCCAAACACAAUGUUAUUGUCAACUACAGGGCCCACGUCUCAGAGUGUGGGAUGGUGUGUUUGGGUGGGAUGCUGUACCAGUCCUGUGUGUCGUCCUGCGGCGGGUCCUGCCGCUCCCUCUCCAGUGGAGAGACCUGUAACCAUGACGACUGUGCUGAGGGGUGUGGCUGCUCCGAGGGCAGUUACUACGACGACGUACGACAACGCUGCGUUCAGCCGUCGCAGUGUCAUUGUUACUCUAUUGGAGGGGUGUCCCAGCCAGGGGAGGUGUCCUUCAGCGCCGCAGGCCCUUGCCUGUGCAGGAAUGGCAGGAUGGAGUGUGUACCAGAAGAAAGAGAGCCAGAGCGAGGCCAGUGUCCAGAGGGAAAGGUGUUCCACAGCUGCUCUGAGCCCCAGGGGUUCCACGGGUUCCAGGGAGCGCCGGCCUGGCGAGGAGGUGUGGCCUGUGAGCUCACCUGUCGGAACCUGAUGUUGAAUCUGACCUGUCCUCCCACCACACCCUGUAUACCUGGCUGUGUCUGCCAACAAGGGCUGGUGCUGCACCGUGGGGAAUGUUACUACCCAGAGAACUGCCCCUGUGCCUGGCUGGGCCUGGAGUAUCUGCCAGGAGAGACUGUCGACACCCCCUGUUACAGAUGUGUGUGUCACCGGGGCUAUUUUAACUGUAGUCACAGUCCGUGUCCGGCUGUGUGUACGGUCUACAGUGACAGACACUACCACACCUUCGACGGCCUGGAGUACGACUACCACUCAGACUGUCAGGUCUACCUACUCAAGAGUACAGAUGGUGAGGUGUCCAUCGUGGCCCAGAAUAAGGAUUGUUAUCAGAGUGGGAUCAUCUGUAUGAAGAUGCUGGUCAUCCAUGUUGGAUUCACCAAGAUCUACUUCAACGACAACUCAGGCCAGCCUAGUCCAUCCAGUGUGGUAGGUAAGGGGUCCGAAUUUGAGCUGUGGUCAGCAGGCUACUACACAGCAAUCCACUUUCCCUACCAGGACCUAACCAUUCUCUGGGACCGCAAGACGACCGUACACAUCAGAGUUGGACCACAUUGGAAGGGUCUCCUGAGUGGUCUGUGUGGGAACUUUGACAGUGUGACAGUGAAUGACAUGACCACAUCCAGUCACAUGGAGGUCAGCAAUGCUCAGGGCUUCGGAGACAGCUGGGCCCUGGGACAGUGUGAGAGUGACUAUGUGGUGAAGAGAGCGUGUGAAGGAGACCUGGGUAGACAGCCGUACGCCAAGAGAGAGUGUGCUCUACUCUACAGUGAUGUCUUUACUCCCUGUCACAAUGUGGUGGAUGUCUCAUGGUUCUAUAUGAACUGCUUGACAGACACUUGUAACUGUAAUCGGGGCGGAGACUGUGAGUGUCUGUGUACGUCCAUCGCUGCCUAUGCACACACCUGCUGUCAACACGGUGUUACUGUGGUAUGGAGAAACCCCUCUGUCUGUCCCUAUGACUGUGAAUACUACAACCAAGAGUUAGGUGAAGGUCCAUUCUCAGUGGUCAGUGCUGUGUUUAAUGCUACAGUCUUCGGUGUGAACAGAACCAGUGGGUCAGUGUUUCCUCUAGUUAGGGAGUUCGUAGGUGGGCUGCCUCCCCCUGGACUACUCUUUAACUUCAUGAUCACAGCAGGACUACAGAAGGACCGCACAUCACGUAUCCCGGUGAUCUCUCUGGAGUCAGCGGAGCGUCCUAACUACUUCCUGGUUGUUUCGGACCGCGCUGGGCUGCGGUUGGAGCAGUGGACAAGAGGGGAGAAGUUUGGCCGCAGGGCUUCCUUCCUACAGCACCAGGGGCUGUUCCUGCCUGGCCACACCUCCUUAGAGCUGAUUGGUCAGCCGGGAGUGUUCCUGACUCUGACACGCACGUCUGCACGCGCUCAGAGAUACGACAACUCAGACAACUUCAAGACCAGCAGCUCCUUUACCCUGGAGGAGAGCAGUUUUGUGAUCCCGUUCCGUAUGAUGUGUGAGUGGCGCUACCAUGCAUGUGCCAGUCCUUGUGUUCGUACAUGCAGCGACCUCGAGGCCACACGCUGCCACUUCCUGCCCCCGGUGGAGGGCUGUUUCCCUCGCUGCCCCAAAAACAUGGUUCUUGAUGAGGUCACCAGGAGAUGUGUCUACACAGAGGACUGUGUGUCCCUUCCUCCCACUCCUACACCCUAUGCCUUCGUAAACCAAACAACCACCACCCCAACUACUACCAUUACAGCCCCCACUACUACCACUACAGCCCUCACUACUACCACUACAGCCCCCACUACUACCACUACAGCCCCAACUACUACCACUACAGCUACUACUACUAUCACUACAGCCCCCACUACUACCACUACAGCCACCACUACUACCACUACAGCUACUACUACUAUCACUACAGCCCCCACUACUACCACUACAGUCCCCACUACUACCACUACAGCUACUACUACUAUCACUACAGCUCCCACUACUACCACUACAGCCCCCACUACUACCACUACAGCCCCCACUACUACCACUACAGCCUCCACUACUACCACUACAGCCCCCACUACUACCACUACAGCCCCCACUACUACUACUACAGCCCCUACUACUACCAUUACAGACCCCACUACUACCACUACAGCCCCCACUACUACCACUACAGCCCCCACUACUACCAUUACAGGCCCUACUACUAUCACUACAGCCCCCACUAAUACCACUACAGCCCCCACUACUACCACUACAGCCCCCACUAAUACCACUACAGCCCCCACUACUACCACUACAGCCCCCACUACUACCACUACAGCCCCCACUACUACCACUACAGCCCCCACUACUACCACUACAGGCCCUACUACUACCACUACAGCCCCCACUACUACCACUAUUACUAUUACUACUACCACUACAGACCCAGCUACGACUACUAUUGUUACUACUAGUACCAGAACUACAACCAGUGCUGCCUCUACAACUGUUACUGCCACCAGAGCCCCCACUACUCCCAGUACAGCCCCAUUGACUGAGCGUUUCACCCACACACCCACCCCUGCUCGCUCCCCCUCUCCUCCUCUCCCUUCCCUGCCCUCACCCACUGUGACCGAGCACACCACUUCACCUGCAGUCUUUCCCUCUGUCUCCCUCUCUUCCUCUGUCUCCCCCUCUUCCUCACCCACCACUACUAGUAGCACCACUGGGGUCACGACCUUGACCUUGACCCAUUCAGAGGUCACUACAGUAGCCUCCCCUAUUCCCCCCAGCCUGGCAGUGACCGACUCCACCACUCCACCUCCUCCCCCUUCUGCUACCCCUCCCCAGCCUUCCACCCAGUCUUCUAUCUCUCCCCCAGCCACUACCUCCUUCCCCACCUCCUCUCUACCUCCUCCCCCUCUCUCCCCCUCCACCCACACCCCAACCACCACACAAACACAUCGUCCUGUUGCUACGCCCACAGAGACCAUCUCUGUAUUUCCAGUUGUAUAUGACACCUCCUCUGUUACCAUGUCGACAUUACCCCCAGAGACGACGGAGUUCAUAACCACGGAAACAUCCACCAGCACAGACUUCUUUCCUACAUCUGAGGCAGUCAGCAUGCCAACAGUGCUGCCCCCCUUUCUCCUGCCCACCGCCCCGUGCACACCCCCGUACUCCUACCGUGUAGAUGAGUGUACAGAGCUGAUCUGUUUUAAUGGGGAGCUGCUCCUCCAUAACUCCUCCCUCCACUGUCGGUACAACACCACUCCUCCUCGCUGCUCUCUGCUGGGCAUGGCUGUCCUCACCAACACCGACCCCUGCUGCCCGCUCUGGCAGUGCCCCUGUCGCUGCUCGGUGAUGUCAGACCUGCGUGUGAUAACGUUUGACGGUAACAACGUGGCGCUGUAUGAUAAUGGCUCCUACAUCCUGGUCUACCUGCCCAGAGAGAACAUCAUAGGAACAGUGGAUAAAUGCCCUACCAGCCAGAGCGUCAACUCCAUCAGACGACCGAGCCCUAGUGGUGGGACGUCAGGUUUGUGUUUUAAGAAGUUGAACAUCACCACUCCGUCCUACAGGAUUAUCAUCAACCGCCUAGACCGCAAGGUGUCAGUGAACCACAUCAAAGCACGGCUGCCAUUCUCCCGCAAGGCCUUGUCAGUAGAGGACACAGGCAGUAUGUACCUGAUCACCACUCCUGGAGGAGUCAAUAUACAGUGGUACCACAGCACUGGCAUCAUGGUGCUGCAAUACACCGCCCCCUCCAAUACAUCUGCUCCUACUAGAGGCCUCUGUGGGUGUUGUGACGGGAACCCGGCGGAUGACCUGAAGCUGCCUAACGGUACGGUGGUGAGGGAGGUGGCAGACCUUGGUCUGUUCCUGCAGGCCUGGAGGGUCCAAACCUCAGAGGACACGGAACACACACGACGCAUCGGAGACAACUGUACCACUGGAGACUGCUCUACCUGUCUCUCCAUGCUCAGACAGAGACCCUUCACUCCCUGCCACAGCAAGGUGUCUCCAGAACAGUUCUGUGAUGUGAUGUGGGCAGGCGACCUUCACUAUAAGGCCCACCAGUGUGACUUCCUGGCAGCCUACGUAGCUAUCUGCUACACUUACCAAGUCUGCAUCAAUUGGAGACGACACAACUUCUGCCCAUUGAGGUGUCCCCCAGGUAGGGAGUACCAGGCGUGUGUGUCGACCUGUACCACCCGGACCUGUCAGAACAGAGAGUUCUAUGAGGAGACCACCUGCUCCCACAUCAGAGAGGAGUGUGUGUGUCGCUCUGGAACCAUCCUGCACCGAGCAGACUCCUCUUACUGCGUCACAGAGGAGCAGUGUGUGUGUACUGAUAACGAGGGGUCUCCGCGGGCCCCUGGGGAGGUGUGGAACGGGUCAUUGCGUGGCUGCUGUCUGUUCCGCUGCCUGGAGAACGGUUCUGUGGUGGCAGUAGAACCUGACUGUAGCAUUAGUCCCACUCUGCUGUGUGAGAGGGAGGGAGAGUACGUACUGGAUGUCCUGGAGGAGGGGGCUUGCUGCCCCAGGAAGAUCUGUGAAUGUAAUCUGACCAUCUGUGAGAGUGAGGCUCCGCCCUGUGAGAAUGGGAACCAGCUGGUGAUUGGUUACAGUGGCCUGUCCUGCUGCCCAGAGUACCGUUGUGAGUGCGACCCCCAUGCCUGUCCCCCCCUCACCCCCCCUGAUUGUAGAGAAGAUCAGUUCCUAGUGGAGGUUCGUGAGGACAACUCCUGCUGUUACUCCUUCCUGUGUGUGUGUGAGUCGUGUAUCGAGCCCGUGCCGUCCUGUUCUUAUGGAGAGAUACUGGCUGUUGAUCUGAACACCACCCACAGCUGCUGCCCUCAAUACCACUGUGUGUGUGAUGUGAACCUGUGUCCUGAGUCGACUCUGAGCUGUUCUCCUGGUCUGUCUCUGAUCCAAACAACCCUACCUGGACACUGCUGCCCCGACCGUCACUGUGAGUGCCAGUGUGAGGACAGCUCUCUCCCAGUCUGUCAGGUGGGGGAGGUACAGGUGGAGUUCGCAGACAGCAGAAGCACCUGUGGCUGCCCCCUCUACACCUGCAAGAAGGCGGAGGUGUGUGUGUUCCAGGGAGUCACAGUGCUGGGUCCGGGGCAGAGCCUUAUUCAGUACUAUGAAGGAGAGCUGUGUUACACUGUCCAUUGUCUGACACAUCGUGACACACACACUGGAUACUACGCCAUGGACGUGUCCGCUGUCAACUGCUCUCAGAAGUGUGGCCAGCACCAGCUGUACGUAGCAUCAUCAGAUCCUCAGGUGUGCUGUGGCUCCUGUAAGAAUGUCUCCUGUUCUUUCAACAAUGACAACGGAACCACUGAACUCUUCACUGCAGGGAGCUCCUGGGUGGAUAACUGUACGCGGUAUGAUUGUGUGGAGACGACAGUGGGAACUGUGAUGCUGGCCUCAGGGGUGGUCUGCCCCCCCUUCAACGACACAGAGUGCACUCAGAAUGGGGGCGUGGUCCAGAGCUAUGUGGACGGCUGCUGCAGGACGUGUUCUGGAGUCGGUGUUUUACCGUUUACCGUUAACCCCGUAACCCCCACUGGUAGUACUAACUGUGACAAAGGUAAGGAGGACGGUAAGACGUGUAAGCGUGUGGCAAUCCGAACCACCAUCAGAAAAGACGACUGCAGGAGCAACGCACCGGUGACAGUAUUUUCAUGUGAUGGGAAGUGUCCGUCUGCCACCAUAUUUAACUUCAACAUCAACAGCCACGCCCGCUUCUGUAAGUGCUGCAGGGAGAGUGGACUACAAACCCGCUCCGUCACCCUGUACUGCUCACACAACGCUACCCUGGUGGUCUACAGCUUCCAGGAGCCUGUUGACUGCUCCUGCCAAUGGAACUAGAGCGAGAACGAAGCUAGUCAGUGUGAGCUCCAGUAUGGCGUUCAAUAGGAGGGAUGGAAGAUGGAACAGAGGUUAGAGGUCAGAGGUCAGAGCAGACAGGUCAAGCGUCCAGGUAGGCGAGUUCUUUAGUCUUCCUUCAGUGUGUUGUGGAGGGCUGUAUGCUGACCUGUUAUAGUGACCCUGUCGUUACAGAUAUGUAGUGGUCAGAUUUGUAGGGCUGUAACCUGUUCCUACUCUACUAUGAUAACACUAGUCCUAUCUGUACUGCUGUAGCCUGCUCCUCCUCAUAUGUAACACUAGCUAGUCCUCUCUGACUUUAUCAUGUUUAGAUCAGUUGGUCUGAGCUGACAGGACCGCUGCUGCUUUAGUAUGGAUUUAGUGCUCUCUUGAUGACUGUUUCUUGAUGACAUGUUUUAUAUGCCGAUCAAAUUUCUCUUACAAAAUAUAUAUAUAUUUUUUUUUACAAGUGUAAAGCUUUUAUACAAAAAUAUUUGUAUUUAACUCAAUCAAUUAUUUAGUAAGGUGAUAAUCCACCUAAGCAUCUGAUGGUAGAUGAUCUGUAUUUCAACAGAACGCUGUAUUUGUUGUGUUGUUUAAUGUGAAGCAUUGUGCCAGUAAUCAGUAGGUGCUGAUGCCAUCAGAUAGACUAGAGUCUCUAGUUAUACAGAACCUCUCAGAAUAAAACAUAAAACAUUUAACAGUGA